AUGGAGCUCAGAAGGGGAAAGACCUUCAUCAAAUCCAGUUUACAAAUUUCCAACGAGAAACCAAUAGUGGCAGACGCUGCCGUCCAGAGUAAGGAAGCUGGGGCAUUCAGGCCAAGGAUAGCAGCAACUGAUGGAAGGCCCUUGGAAGAGGAGAGUCAGAAAGCAAGUUUGGCCUCCCAUAAACACUACAGGUUCUCCAACAAGGUGACCCAUUUGGUACCUGAUGAAGACCUUGGGGCUUCUUGUGGGUCUUCCUACAAACUGGUACGGAAGAGCAAGACUCACGAUUGUGUGAUGGGAGCAGAAAAGCCUGUAGGGAGGCUGGUCAAUAGUAUUAGCUUUUCUGGUCUGGGAAGUCACCCAGGAGCCCAUGGUAGGAGAGCACCAGCAGGCAGCCCUAGCCCAUCCAGUUGCAGUGGUCAGCAAAUGAUUGAUUACCGUCACUUUGUGCCCCAAAUGCCCUUUGUGCCAGCUGUGGCCAAGAGCAUCCCCAGAAAGAGGAUUUCUCUGAAGAGAUCCAAGAAAGGGUUCCGGGAUAUAUUCCACAUUAAGAAGAACAAGUCAGAGAGUCUGGCUAUGCUGAUGGGGAAAGGCAAAAACUUGCCGUCUCCAGGAAGUGAGGGGGAAAUACCUGGAAGGCUAGGCAAGUCCUUCUUCAAACCUGGGGAGACAUUGGCUGCUGAUAGUUUGGCUCAGGACUUGUCUGACAGUGAGAUACAGUCAGAUUCCUCCUAUGACUACUGUGGGGCCUUGUGUGAAGAUGUGGCUUCCCUUAAAAGCUUUGACUCUCUUACUGGCUGUGGGGAGAUUUUUGCUGAUGAGGUAUCAGCCUCGCUGGAGCUGGAGGGCAGCCAGGAGAUUUUGACCCAGCGGCCAAGAGCCAGAGAAAACACAUCUGCCAUGGGCUCUUUCCAGGGUGGGGUAGAACAGCUGGCCUCACCAGCUCAGAACGAGGCUACUGACUUUGCCAAGUUCUGGGACAAUAUCAAUUGGUCAGUGAGGAGACACCAAAGUGCGUUGUUUGAUCGCAAGAUUGAGGGCUCCAAAGGCAGUGAUGCUGGGAGGCCCCAAUAUGAGCCAGCUAUGCUGCCUGAUCUUCCACUGUCUCCUGGUGGUGACCCCGGGAGCUCCAAAGAUAGCUCCAUAGACACUGGAACUCCAAAGAGUGAGCUUCAGGAAUCCACCUCCACCAGUGAUGAAGGCUAUUAUGAUUCUUUUUCCCCAGGCCUUGAGGAGGAUGGAAAGGAGGACCAAAGUCCAGGAGCACCCAGUGGCCGGUUCCCUCGGGAUAGCUAUAGUGGUGAUGCCCUUUAUGAGCUCUUCUAUGACCCCAACGACGCCAAGAUCAGCCCCAUCCUGGACGAUGACCUGUGUGUGUCAGAGAGCCUUUCUGAGCAGGCAGUCGAAAUUCCCCUGUCCAUUUACAGUUUCCAUGUAGGGGCUGAGGAGAACCUGGCUCCUCAGCCAGCCCUGGACAUCAUCAGCCAAAGCUUCCUGCACAGCACUUGGAAAGGGAAGGAGUGCCUCUUGAAGCUGUGUGACACAGAGCUCUCCCUCACUAUGGGCAUCAUUAACUGGCUCCGCAGGAACCCAGAACUUGUUUCCCCCUCAGAUCGGGUCCAGACUCUGCCGUCACCAAUAAAGGAAAGUGGGGACCCUCCUGCCUGUUUGGGCCUCCCAUUAUGCCAAGAAGCAGAAGGAGCAACUAUUACUAUGGGAUCUGGGAAUGAGGGCUCAAGUGAGAAGGAAACUGACAACCUGGAACCACUGUCUCGCUCAGAGCAAGCGUCCAACAAGAGACAUUUUAACCAUGGGACAGUAGAAAAACAUAGAGAAGUACCUCAAAGGGAAGAUCGUUCCCCUAGCACCCCCAAUGAGGGGUAUAGAUGGGCCUCAGAUGUGUGUAGGUCCUGGUUGGCUAGUAUGCCUCAUCUAUCAGCUGGUGGAUGGCAGAUGUACUUGCCUGAGAAGGAUCUGGGUUCCAAUGAGAGCAGGACUCUAGGUGAAGCCCCUUCAGCCAGUGGAGAUCCAUCGAAAGAGCUUCUGUCUCACCCUUCACAGGUAUCCUCAGAGAAAGGAAAAGGUCAGUCUUCAUCAGAAGCUUCCUCUCAGUCAGUAGAAGCAGAAGAAGCCACUCUGGCAGAUACCUUGGAUGAACACAAAGCCCCGACUCCGUCUUCCCGCCCCAGUGCCCACGAAAAGCCAAAUCUUCCCUUAAGCCUAAAAUGCUUCCAAAGCCAGACCAGCCCUGGCCUUAAGAGGGCUGAACCUGACAUAAUGCCAGUCCUGGAAAGCUGCAUGACACAGGUGGCAUCUCUGAAGAUAAGCUAUGAAAACAAACCCCUGGCUGAGUGGUGCCUCAGGAAGGAAGAGGGUAGCACUCUAUGUAAGAGACAGAAGGUAGGGAGCCACUGUGUCUUGCUACAGAAUGAGUGCAACUGUAACCCUGCCAGCUCUGGAUAUCCCCUUCUUCCUCCAACUGGGAAGCUUCAAGAAGUGCCCACGAGCCCAAACCAGGGACUAAGUCCCUGGCAUAGUCAGAAAAGCCAAGCAAGUUUUUUAAACCACAUGAGCCAAGUCUCGUCAAAUAAGAUCAACUUUGAAUAUGCUCAGUUGAACGGUCAAGCCCUUUCCUACAUCCAGGACCUUCAUCUCCAGCUCAAUCCUGGAGACCCCUCUGUGGCUACACAAGAAGACCACCCAAAAUUGAUACCUCUCUUUGCCUCUAGUGACUCAGUAAGGCCAGGAGCCUUCCCUCAGGCCUCAUGUGCAGGUAGCAGCUCCCCGAAAAGCUUGUGCCCUUGUUCAGACAUAAAUAUUCCUGGUCCUACCUCUGGGAGCCCUCUGGAAUGUCAUCACAACCUUCUAGCCCAUGUGGGGACCCUCCCCUGUCAUCCUGAGGUGAUGGCUGCAAGCCCGGCCAUGACUGAGACCAACCUAUAA